AUGAUUGUCUCAACACCAAGACUCAAUUUGCGGAGGGCCGCCUCCUAUACUGGCGUGUCAAUCGAGAAGCUUCCAUUAUCGGCUACUUCGUCAAGCUUCAAGCUAGACCAUCUCAUAUACUCACCGCCACCAUCACCAGGUCUUCCUGCAUUGGUAGCUCGCCCGCGGAAAGUUUCCAACACACCGCGACCAAGCAGAGUCUUCCGCGUUUUGGGCUGGAUUGCCGGGCUUGUGGUUUUUCUAUAUGUCGCAAGGGUCCUGGUACGGAGGGGCGGUGGUGUUGACCUCGUGGGCUGGGAGAAGACGGGAGAUUUCGAGAUGGUCGGCCAGUACGAUCUUCCCGAAUUCCCAACUCCCAUUGCCGUCACAGACCGCCAUGGAAGAUCAAAGUGGACCGUUUCUAUCCCACCAACAUACAACUUUCCCUUGACGACGAAGGAGUACUCGGACAUUUGUGCCAAAUGCCACGAGGUGGCCGCGCAUGUCAGGGAGUUGCAGGGGCAAACAUAUCCUUCUCCGCAGGCCCAGCUGGACUAUUACUACCAGGAUCCAUACUUCGUGGAUGUUCUAGAAGCUGAGAACCGUGGUCUCCUGCCUGGAGCCGAAAGCAAAGCUUGGCAUGUUGCUACUCAUUCACAGGGAGGCCAUCUUGUUGGGGAGAGUAUCGGCAAUUUCAUGGAGGCUCCUGUCUGCAAAUCAUCCAUGAUAUUUGUGCUCGAGUCACCGGAAGCCGGCAUUGGGCCAACGCUUAUGAUGCUCUGGAUGGCUUACGGAUUAGCCCAGAAGGAGAAGCGUGCAUUCUUUAUUGACGAUACGAGAUGGGCUUAUGGAGAGUAUACGGGUAUCUUCCAGGCUCCCCCCAUACCAGACUGCAGGCCGCCGCCCAGACAUGAAAUGCUCCCAUGUCCCCGCCACGCUCGGCACCUCGUCGUCUCGGUAGCAACAGCUCGGGAAACAUUUGGCAACGGCUUCGACAGCGAAUUUGAGCAAGUUGAGAAGCAGGACGCCAACCGCGAGAGACCGAUGUAUGAUCUAGCCCGCGCCGGAUAUGAGGCCUUAUUUCACCUCAACGAUGAGGAUAAGGGUUACGUCAACAACCGAAUCGCAGAGUUGAAGCUCAAGGCCAAAGUCGGGGAUGGUAGUCACAAUGAUGGCACCAUUGUCGGUGUGCAUGUGCGGCACGGGGACCAGCAUCCUUAUGAGUAUCAGUACAGCGCGACGUACAUGCCUCUGACGCGGUACGUGGAGACAAUUCAGCAGGUCCUCGACGAUGCGCAUAACACGAGUAUGCCUAAUGGUGGCGAGGAUACCAUGGCCAAGAAACACUCAUUCACGGUUCUAGCUUCCGACAACCCUGAUGUGUAUGAGGCCGAUGAGUUUUCUGGUGCCGUCCGGGCCCAAGAACGCAUCAAACUCGCUAGCGUGUCGCACACCAAGGCAGAGGAGCAAAACCCUCAUUACAUGCACAAGUUCAAAGAAGAGACGUUCGGAUGGGAAGGUGGCUUCUUCGGUAGCAUGUUCUGGAACCUAGGUCGUUCGUCUAACAACAACGCCGAAGUCAAAACCCCCGAGUCGCUUGCUCCAUCCGCCGAGACCACACGGCUGAGGAGUCUCAUUGGCCGAUCAUACAUGAUGGAUCUGGCCGUCUUGGGCCAGGGGGCUGACGUUGUCAUCUGCACGGUCAGCUCGGCAGGAUGCCGCAUGGUAGGAGUGAUCAUGGGCUGGGAGAAGGCCAUGGAGAAGGGCAACUGGAUGAACAUCGAUGGAAAUUACAUGUGGACAGGCGUGGCCCUUAAUUAG